AUGUUGUCUUCAACCACUGUAGCAUUUGCAUCCCUGGUGGCCUACAUUGACAACGCGCCCCAGUGGUUUCGACCAUCGAAUGAUGGGAGGCUACGUUCUUCAAGGGGCUCCAGCGAAGACAAUGAUGAGGAGCGUCCUGACGGCUGGGUUGAUCAGGACCUGAGGGCUGGGGGUCUAAUCCUCACGCAAUCACCCAGUGUCACGAUUUACUAUCCUACUGCUAAUAGCCUCCACCGCGAAAUUAUGGGUGUAAAGUCAGAGCUAAGCAAUAGCAUUCGUCGCACCAACUUUGCACCUUUACAGCCCUUUGUCAUCUACAGAACUUAUAAGCUUGGAAGGUCCACAGAAACCACUCGGGGGUCGCUCUCAGGGCUUAAGACUGCGCAUCUUAACGUACCUGACGGCAGAGGUGGGAUAUCCGAGGUACCAACUUUCGAGUACUCCAUAACUAGCCCGUCAUCAUGCUUGUUUUCAGAUCCCGGGGACUCAGGUGCGCUGGUUUUCGAUUAUGAUUCAAACUGCAUUGGCUUGGUCUUCGCAUGGAAUCCAAUCUCGAGGGUUUCAUACAUAACCUUACUACCAGAUCUCUUCAACGACAUCAGGAUCAUCACUGGGGCCUUUGAUGUGAGGAUUGCUGAGUAG